GAAAGUGAAGCCUGCAUGCGGUGUUUCUGUACUUUGACACUUACCAGACAAGAAGAGAGAUCCCUCCCUGGACUCGGUUCACCCGUCUGCUGCUUCUUCUUCUUCUUCUUCACCCCGUUGUGUCCGCUCAGUGUUGCAUCUGUCAUGGCGGAGGAGAAUCUGUCCGUGGUGCUGCACGUACAGGGAGACCUCCGGCUGGAAAAGCGCCCCAUCCCGGAGCCAGGACCUAAUGAGGUUUUGCUCCAAAUGCACUCUGUAGGAAUCUGUGGAUCCGAUGUUCACUACUGGCAGCACGGACGAAUUGGGGACUUUGUGGUCACAAAACCGAUGGUGUUGGGGCACGAGGGGUCGGGGCGGGUGGUGAAGGUCGGAUCAGCGGUCAAGCACCUUGAAGUAGGUGACAGAGUGGCCAUUGAGCCUGGCGCACCCCGCGAGAUGGACGAGUUCUUCAAAAAUGGACGAUAUAACUUGUCUCCUACAAUCUUCUUCUGUGCCACUCCCCCCGACGAUGGGAAUCUCUGCCGAUACUACAAACACAGUGCCAACUUCUGUUACAAGUUGCCUGAUAAUGUGACAUUUGAGGAGGGAGCCCUAAUCGAACCUCUCUCUGUGGGGAUCCACGCCUGUCGCAGAGCCGGUGUAACCCUCGGCAGCACCGUGCUCAUCUGUGGCGCAGGACCUAUUGGGUUGGUCUGUUUGCUUGUGGCCAAGGCGAUGGGGGCCUCGCAGGUCGUCAUCACCGAUACAUUACCCGAGCGUCUGACGAUGGCCAAAGAGUUGGGUGCAGACUUCCAGCUGCAGGUGAAGAGAGGAGACGAACCUCAGCAGCUGGCCAAGAGCGUAGAGUACCAGCUGGGCGCUCAGCCUCACGUUACUAUCGAAUGCUGUGGUGUGGAGAGCAGCAUUCAAACUGCCAUCUAUGCAACACGUUCAGGAGGCGUGGUGGCAUUGGUGGGUGUCGGCCCUCAGAUGGUCACUGUUCCUCUGAUCCAUGCUGCCUUAAGAGAAGUGGACAUCAGAGGAGUUUUCCGCUACUGCAACACCUGGCCGAUGGCCAUAGCCAUGUUGGCGUCAGGUAAAGUGAACGUGAAGCCCAUCGUGACCCACCGUUUUCCUCUGGAGCAGGCAGCCCAGGCCUUUGAGACCACACUGCAGGGUCUCGGGAUAAAGGUCAUGUUGAAGUGUGACCAGAAUGACCAGAAGCCCUGAUCCAACCCGCCGCAGUGAAACAAACCUGACCUAGCUGAGAGCGACUCAGCAUAACAAGUAGGCAUAAACAUAAAGCGGACAUUGACCCUAAGAAAGAUAAGAUAACCGAGCCGGUACAAAGACACAGACUGAUAACAGCUGUGUAUACUGACUGCAGGUCAGAGAUGUAACGAGCAUCAAAUGGUACCAGUGAUAAUGUCAUGAUGCUCAACUUUGUAUGUUAAACAACUUUUUAGUCGUUUUAGGGUUGUACAAUUUGUUCAAUUUUAAAUGUAUGCUCAUUUUACAUAUGGCUUCUGUAGUAAAAUAAAAUCCUUAAAGAAUAAAA